AUGGCUCCGGAAUGGACAUCUGUACAUCUUUCCAGCUCAAGAAGCUCGUCACCUGCCUCCCAGUACGAAUAUGAUGUUCUACGGCCUAGUUCAAAGCGCAGAAGGCUCUCGACAGACAGUGUAGACUCAGAUCGCCCAUACACAGCCUACACCGCACCAUCGCGAAUACCAGUACAAAAGACUCAUUCCACCAAAUCCACUACUCUAUCUGUCAAAUUUUCUUCGAUACAGACAGUCGAACCAUCCUUUGAGGCACUGAAAGUCUCGCCUUGGCUCAUCAAAUCUCUUGCGGCGAUGCAAAUCAAGCGGCCAACUGCAAUCCAGAAAGCAUGCAUACCAGAGAUUCUCAAAGGACGGGAUUGUAUUGGAGGCAGCAGAACAGGAACAGGAAAGACGGUCGCUUUUGCAGUUCCGAUUCUGCAACAAUGGUCAAAAGACCCAUUUGGAAUCUAUGCUGUUGUGCUUACGCCUACACGAGAACUUGCUUUACAGAUAUACGAGCAGUUCCAGGCACUGGGAGCACCGCAGUCUUUGAAGACGGCCUUAGUUGUUGGAGGGACAGACAUGUGCCUGCAGGCUGUUGCUCUGUCGCAACGUCCUCACAUUGUGGUAGCUACACCGGGUCGCCUGGCGGACCACAUCCUCAAUUCGGGACAGGAUACCGUUGCUGGACUCUCCCGCGCCCAAUUCGUUGUGCUCGACGAAGCCGAUCGGUUGUUGAAUGCUCCUGGCCCGGGAAGCAUGCUGCCGGACGUAGGAACCUGUCUUUCUGCGCUUCCGCCGUCGACACAACGUCACACCCUUCUCUUCACUGCCACGGUUACCCCUGAAGUUCGAGCACUGAAGUCCCUCGCAAGACCCAAAGACCGUCCUCCGAUAUUUGUUUCCGAGAUUAAUACCGAAGAUAAUACUCCUCAAGCUCUCAUUCCUUCCUCACUUAGACAAAACUACCUUCAAGUGCCAUUAAAACAGAAAGACUCAUUCCUCCACGCUCUAUUGUCCGUGCCAUCCAUUGUCGACUUACCGUCUAUCAUCAUUUUCUGCAACCGAACCCAGACAGCAGAUCUGCUCCAUCGCAUCCUUCUGACUCUGGAACACAAUGUCACCAACCUCCACUCAAAAAUGCCGCAAUCUCAACGUGUAAAAAAUCUCUCUUCUUUUCGUGCUCAGACCUGUCGCCUGCUCGUGGCGACAGAUGUUGCAGCUCGAGGGCUGGAUAUUCCGUCCACCAAUCUCGUCAUCAACUAUGAUGUCCCACGCAAUCCUGACGAUUAUAUCCAUCGCGUCGGUCGAACAGCCAGAGCAGGGCGAGCAGGUACAAGUGUUACCUUUGUCGGCCAGAGAGAUGUCGAACUUGUGCUAGCAAUUGAGAAGCACAUUGGGAGACAGAUGUCUGAGUGGAAGGAGGAAGGUGUCAAUGUCGAGACGAGAGUGACAAGAGGCAGAUUGCUGAAGGACGUGGGGGAGGCAAGGAUGAAGGCUUUGAGAAAUGUGGAGGGUAGCAAAGAUGUCUUUGGGCGCAGGAAGAAGGUGUUGAAGCGGGCACAGUGA